UGGGGCCCCCGGGCAAUAGGGGAUCAUGGGGCCCCUGUGUCCUUGCCCAAACUCAAAAAAGCCUAUGAAAAAGGUACCAGGGGCAUCUCAUGGGGCCCCCUACUGACCCCGGGCCCGAGUUUCCAAAUGAAGACAGAUGCUGGCAUUGGCCGGAGGACAUUACAGGGGACAGUGCAGGAGGGACAUCACGGGAGCGCAGGACAAGGGGAUCAUGGGGCCCCUGUGUCCUUGCCCAAACUCAAAAAAGCCUAUGAAAAAGGUACCAGGGGCAUCUCAUGGGGCCCCCUACUGACCCCCGGGCCCUCGGGCAGUGCCCGAGUUUCCAAAUGGUCAGUCCGCCCCUGC